AGCGCGUGACGUCAGGGGAGGGAGCUGGCCAGUGCUGAGGGGGCGCGGCGCUGCGGGGCGCGGAGCCGGGCGGUCCGGGGCCCCAGAGAGCGCGGCGGCCGGGAGCCCGUCGGCCCCUCUGACAGCCGCCAGUUCCCUCGCGGCCGACGCUUCCGACGACGAGGGCACCGGUCAUGGCGGAGCAGCCGAGCCAGCGCGGGUCCUGAGCAGCAGCACCGCAUGGAGCGGGACGAACGGCCGCCGAGCGGAGGGGGAGGCGGCGGGGGCUCGGCGGGGUUCCUGGAGCCGCCCGCCGCGCUCCCUCCGCCGCCGCGCAACGGUUUCUGUCAGGAUGACUUGGCAGAGCUCGAUCCAGGCACUAUUUCUGUUCCAGAUGAUCGGGCUGAACAACGAACCUGCCUCAUUUGUGGGGACCGUGCUACAGGCUUGCACUAUGGAAUCAUCUCCUGCGAAGGCUGCAAAGGGUUUUUCAAGCGGAGCAUUUGCAACAAACGGGUAUACCGAUGCAGUCGUGACAAGAACUGUGUCAUGUCUCGGAAGCAGAGGAACAGGUGCCAGUACUGCCGUCUGCUGAAAUGCCUGCAGAUGGGGAUGAACCGGAAGGCUAUCAGAGAAGAUGGAAUGCCUGGAGGCCGGAAUAAGAGCAUUGGGCCAGUCCAGAUAUCCGAAGAAGAGAUUGAAAGGAUCAUGUCCGGGCAGGAAUUUGAGGAAGAGGCCAAUCACUGGAGCAGCCAUGGUGACAGCGACCACGGCUCCCCUGGACACAGGGCCUCAGAGAGCAGCCAGCCUUCACCAGGCUCCACACUGUCCUCCAGUAGGUCUGUGGAACUAAAUGGAUUCAUGGCAUUCAGGGAGCAGUAUGUGGGGAUGUCUGUACCUCCACAUUAUCAGUACAUACCGCACCUUUUUAGCUAUUCUGGCCACUCACCGCUUCUGCCCCCACAAGCUCGAAGCCUUGAUCCACAGUCAUACAGUCUGAUUCACCAGCUGGUGUCAGCUGAGGACCUGGAGCCCCUGGGCACACCCAUGUUGAUUGAAGAUGGAUACGCUGUGACCCAAGCAGAGCUCUUUGCCCUGCUCUGCCGCCUGGCUGACGAGCUGCUGUUUAGGCAGAUUGCCUGGAUCAAGAAACUGCCUUUCUUCUGCGAGCUCUCAAUCAAGGAUUACACGUGCCUCUUGAGCUCCACGUGGCAAGAGCUAAUCCUGCUCUCCUCCCUCACCGUUUACAGCAAGCAGAUCUUUGGGGAGCUGGCUGAUGUCACCGCCAAGUAUUCACCCUCUGAUGAAGAACUACACAGAUUUAGUGACGAAGGAAUGGAGGUGAUCGAGCGGCUCAUCUACCUGUACCACAAGUUCCAUCAGCUAAAGGUCAGCAACGAGGAGUAUGCUUGCAUGAAAGCAAUUAACUUCCUCAAUCAAGAUAUCAGAGGUCUGACCAGUGCCUCACAGCUGGAGCAGUUGAACAAACGAUACUGGUACAUUUGCCAGGAUUUCACUGAAUAUAAGUACACACACCAGCCGAAUCGUUUCCCUGAUCUCAUGAUGUGCUUACCUGAGAUUCGCUAUAUUGCAGGAAAGAUGGUGAAUGUACCCCUGGAGCAGCUGCCCCUGCUCUUUAAGGUGGUGCUGCAUUCCUGCAAGACAAGCGUGGGCAAGGAGUGACCUGUUGCAGUGCCCUCCUCAGACCGACGUGGCGCACUGGAUAGGCAGCAAAGCUCCAGGAGAAAGAGCCAGAGACCAAGAUGAGGCUGUGGAGCAGUGUUUCCAGUUGCCUCCAUGGCAAGAAAAAUAUUUGUUUGUGUGUCUGUUUUAGCCUCAUUUUUCUAUAUAUUUAUUUCACGACAGAGUUGAAUGUAUGGCCUCCACCAUGAUGCACAUGCUCUGUGUGAGUGCAGCAGAUGCAUUUCCUUGCAGUCGGCAGACUGUGAAGACCUUUAAUGUUAAGAGUGUUGUCGUUGUUUAGAGACAGAGCUUUUGUAUUUUGAGGGAGAGGGUGGGAUGGAGCCUAGAUGACUGUUUUCCACAAUGUUGAUAAAGACAACUACCUCAAUGGAAAUGGGGGGUGGUCAUCCCCACUUUUCCACAUUUUCUCAGCAGACUCAUACAUUGUCUGUCGGAGAGCAGACUGCCUCUUUCUAGUCACAGAAUUGCCAGGUAAAUGGUCAUGCCAGGAAAAGGGGGUUACAGUGUUAGACAGUUUACCAGGCAGCAUGGGGGAGACUGCAGGAACCGGGCCAAUGGGGAUGGAACCAUCUCUUUUUUUUGGAAAGCAUGAGAGUGAGGAGAGGAGAGCAGGUGACUCCUUUCUCCCCUGCGGCUGCCACUGCCAAGUUUUCAUGCUGGCAGAGAACUAGCCGUGAGUCAGGCCAUGGGCCUUGCCCCUCAGCUGCCGUGGGAUGCGCAGCCACGUGACUUCCGUCUGUGGAUUGCUGAGUCCUACCUUGCUCGGGCACCCUUCUCUUAGGAAUUCAACUUCUGUUGGCCCUUUAAAAAUUUAAGCAAAUGCUGUGUUCUGAAUCUUAGUACCAGCUGUUGAUUCAUUCUCCUUUCACGUGCUUUCUUCAGAGUAGUGGGACAAAGGCCAGACUGCUGAAAGAGUUAAUAUUGCUUUCCUCUCAGGACUGAAUCCAUGAAGUGUCUCUUUUAAUAGUAGGAAGGACCAUUUACCAUCUGCUGACCAGAAUUUUGCCUCUGAAUUCUACUUUGGUUUUUCCUAAUCUCUCCAAAAUGAAACCAGGUUUCCUCAGGACAUAGAGCUGACAACCCAAGGCCACAGUGGCCCAGCUGCCCGUGACAGUAUCAGUGGCCUGGCUGACCGAGGCUGGGAGGGCUGGAACCAAAAACACCUGGAAGGGAAGGGGCGCUUUAGACUACCUCAUGCUCCUGCAGAGCUGGCCUGCGACCCUGCUGCUCUGACUGCCUACCCUGCCUGGUCCUGGGAAGUGUGCUUGACCCUCUCAACUUUGGCCAGGGCCACGCUGAGUCUCAGCUCUUGUUCAGGUGCUUCUUCCUUCUCUGCCUUAAUGCAGCAAUUGCUGCUGCUUUAUCCAGGUAUCUCCCAUAGCCUACAUAGCAGAAAGACCACGUAACUGGGAUAGCUUGGUGCUGCUUGAGGGGCCCACAGCACCUCCUCCUGCCUGUUUAGUCAAAAGCUAUUUGCUCUCUCCCCAGCUCUGCCUUUUAAACCUGCCUGGGCAACUGCCGCAUUGUGUACCUACUGGGUAGUCUAUGUCUGAUUGUAAAUGUUUUUUUGUUUGUUUGUUUUUUUAAGUGAAAUGUUACGGGUACCCACAGAGUGAUGAUUUUUAUUCCCUGAUAGAUCUAAUACCCAGAGCAUUACUCCUCAGUGCUGUUCUCGCCAUUGCUCUGGGGAAGAAAGGAAAAAAAGAAACAAAAAAAAAAAAAAAAAGAAAAAGCAAUGUUUCUCAGGAAAAGCUCCACCUAGCAUGUUUUUCACAUGUCAGUGGGAAGCUGUGUGUGUGUGUGUAAGUUCACAGUGUCUUUUACUUGUUUGAAUCUCUUAUUUAACCAACCAGAUCACAUUCCUUGGCUCCAGGUCAGAUUCUGAGCUGUGUUCCUCAAGAUACCAGGAGGCGCCAAUCAGAGACCCCCCCUCCCC